AUGGUCCGCCCGCGUGGACGAUCAAACCUGGGGGUGGACAUCCGUGGCGACACCAGCGCGCCCGCCAUGUCCACCAUGAACGAAGUGAGCCCGAUUGAGCCCACCUCGCCCGACCAGAGCAAGCAAUUGGACACGCAGGUACAGGACAAAUCCGCCACCAAGACACAUUCGAAACGCCGCCGAAGCCGCUCGUACCUCCAUCGCUUCGCCGACACCUGCCUCAAGUAUACCUGGCUGCUCCCCCUGCUCAUCAUGACUUUUCUGCUGUCGCUGUACGCCGUCAACCCGACCACAUCGAACCCUAUGCACAGCGCCAUCUUCCUUUCCUACCCACAGCCGCCGAAGACCCCUGGCGGUCCGAUCAUGUACGGCAAGGGUAAGAAGGACAUCGCCUUCGUCGCCUUCUACACGGUUGUGCUCUCGUUCACGCGUGAAUUCAUGAUGCAGCAGAUCAUUCGCCCGCUGGCGAAGUUUUGCGGGAUCAAGGGCCGAGGCAAGACCGCCCGCUUUAUGGAGCAGGUCUACACCGCGAUCUACUUCGCGAUUUUCGGACCGUUCGGCCUCUACGUGAUGAAGCGGUCCACUCUGUGGUAUUUCAACACCACCGCCAUGUUCGAGGGCUUCCCGCAUCGUGAGCAUGAGGCCUGCUUCAAAGCGUACUAUCUCCUCGAGGCUAGUUACUGGGCGCAGCAGGCCAUUGUUCUAAUGCUGCAGCUGGAGAAGCCUCGGAAGGAUUUCAAGGAGCUGGUUGGACAUCACAUCAUCACGCUUGCGCUCAUUGGACUGAGCUAUCGCUUCCACUUUACCUACAUGGGCCUGGCCGUGUACAUCACCCACGAUAUCUCGGACUUCUUCUUGGCGACUUCUAAGACACUGAACUACCUGGACUCGAUUAUCACCGCUCCAUAUUUCGCCACUUUCGUUGGUGUCUGGAUCUACUUGCGUCACUACAUCAACCUGAAGAUCCUUUGGGCCGUGCUGACCGAGUUCCGUACCGUCGGCCCCUUCGAAUUGAAUUGGGAGACCCAGCAAUACAAGUGCUGGAUUAGUCAGUACAUUACUUUUGGUCUCCUCGCCAGUCUCCAGGCCGUGAACCUGUUCUGGCUCUUCCUGAUUUUGCGCAUCCUGGCCAACUACAUUUUCAACAGCGUGAAGAAGGAUGAGCGCAGCGACGACGAAGACGAGGAGGAAGAGGAGGAAGCCCAAGUCGAGGCCGAAAGCAAGGCUACGCUGGCAACCGGCUCUCAGCAGCAGGAGAACCAGGCUCCCCAGGUUAUGGUCAACGGCCAGCCCACGACCGAGCAGCGUGGUCCCCGGACCCGCAGCAAGAAGGCUUAG